UACGUUGUGGUUAGACGAUUGGCUUUUCAGAGCUAUUAGUUUGACACAUAUGUUGACAGCAGAUCCGAACGCGGGUUUUAUUACAAAAAGGCUUACAAAAUUACACUGUUUACAGCCGGUACCCACGCACGGAACAUAUAAUCUCAAAUUUCACGCCAAAAUAUCAUAAUACAGUGCAUAAGAUGGUGCCAAGCAUGGAAGGAUUUGUUGCUCCGAUCUUUCACCGUUGGUAUCAUCAAAACAGCCUAAUAUCUACCCCGGAUAAUGGCAUCCUGUACUGUUCGCGUUACGAAGUGGUGUACAUACCGCCGCUGGAUACGGGUUGCCUGCCCAAGACUCAGCUAAUCAAUGUGCAUGGAUUUACAAAAUCUCUGGCAUGUUCUCCGGAUUGGAGUGGUAAGCGUUUGUUUGCUACGUUGGACGAGUAUAACGUCCUGUACGUAUGGGAUCUCGACUUGGGACAGCCGGUCCAUGGUCAUCGCGGUCACGCAACAGCACCGAAAGCGCCAACAUCAAGGCAACAGUUCAAAGAUGUAACCUCGGCGAUUUGUUUUUCUGCAAAUGGAAAAGUGAUCUCUUGCGAUCGUUCCGAUCUGGUGGUGUACUGUUUGCUCGCGGACAGCUACAAGGCGAUGCCGGACUUUUUCCGCAAUAAAACCGUCGUUACGCUCGUACCUUCUCCUGUUGAUCGUGACGUGUUUAUCGCUGGGCUAAAGGAUGGGCUGAUACAAAUAUUUUCUAUUAAAAAAAUGGCCAUACUACACACUUUGCGCAGUCAUGACAAGGAAAUUGUCUCCAUAGAAUGUAUGACGGUGCCAGUUCUGAAGGGAAAUAUAUGGAGAAAACGCCAGUACAAUCCAGAAGCUGGAAGUGGCAACGUACCGGACAGUGCGUCCAAAACGGUGCAAAACAGGCCCAAAAAGCAGGCCCGAAAAAAGAAUGUGCCGGUUGCAGACGAUUCGGAUUUCUUGGACAUUUACGAUUUCAAUGAAAGCCAGGAAGAGUUUGGCACUAUAAUUGACCGAGAAGCGAAGGAUGAUAAGCAGAAUCAGUUCCGAGAGAAGGCUAAAACAGUCGAAGGAUUUAACUUUCUUGAGGCUUGCGAAAACCUGAAGGAAGAUAUCCUGAAAGCGGCAAAUCGCAGAGAUGAAGAAGAAGAGGAGGACGACGAAGCCGGGGAACAGUCCACUCUAGCACAGGAGGACUUUAAUACGGACGACGAGAACGAUUUGGAUGAUUGUGAAAAGUUACGCGACUACGUGGUAGUCGAUAAUGAGGAUCGAGAAGCCGAAGAAGAACCUCUGGAUGAUCGAGAGGAGUUUGAAAGCAAGCUCAUUUUGGUUAGUGGAAGUCGGGAAAAUGUCGUUUGGUUCUGGGACUACGAAACUGGCCUUCCGAUUGACAAAAUUGUGAUACCGUCUGAAACCAACGGAAGGCUUUGUGAUACUUUGUUCACCAAUGCGGUGUGGAUGGAUGAGUCGCACAUCGUUGCGAACACCUCAAAUGGACAGGUGAUUGAGUGGAAGGUAGAAUUCAAGUUCAAGAACGAUCGCCUGCAGCUAGCGGCCAAGGAAAGCUUGGCGCCAUACCCAGUGGAGAAAAUUUUCCAUGUGAUUCGCGCUAAAGGGCUUACGAAGAUGAAGACCAAUGGCCGGUAUUUGUGGUGCUCUUCGAUCCAUCGAAAGAUAAGCUGCUUGGAAGUGGCUGAAUCCGGUAAAGCGACUGUGGUUGUAGAAUACUCUUGUAUCACUCCCACAAACCGUUGUGUGGUGGAAAAUCCGCUCGAGUCAAUGGUUAUUGCCCUCGCGAGUGCUGCACCGAGAAUCGAAAAAUUGAACUUGGCCAGCCUGCAGCCCGACAAUAUUCCUUUCAAACCAUUUACUAAUAAAAUUAGUGGUUUAGUUAUGUUCCUGGCCUGGCAUCCAGAGGAAGAGGAUAAGUUGGCCUUCUCCACGAACGAAGGACGUGUCGGAGUGCUCGAUACGAGCAGCAUGAGCAACGUCCCCGUGAUAAUGAAACCUUUCAUCAACAAAGAAGUGUAUGCUUUGCACUGGUGUUUUUUAACGAACGACAAACAGGAAAGGCGACUGGUACUGUUUGCGUGUGGUACAAACGAACUUGCUUACUAUCACAUGUCAGGCGCUCAUAAGUAUGAACCCGUCAGAUGCAAGCAGUUUGGCCAGGUCUCAAACAUAUCAGGAACAGAUAAGAUGUGCUUCAUUGGUACUCAGCAGGGAAGCAUCUAUAUCACCGGUUUGGAUGAAAAUCUUAAACAAUUGUACUGCCAUAAAGUUGCUAAUCGGUACAUCAGCUCGGUGGAGUACAAGCAGAAUUAUCUUGCCGUUGGUUCUAACGACCAUGCUAUUCGUUUGAUCAACUUGAGCGACGGUUUUGAUGGUGAGCAAGCAAAGGAAAUUAUUACGCUUGAGGGUCAUACGGAGGGAAUUUGUAAGGUGAAAUGGAAUCGGGGAGACACGAUGCUUCUUCUAAGCUCUAGCUACGAUUGCUCUAUUCGUAUUUGGGACGCUCUCUCAGCUACCUGUUUGAGUGUGUUUUAUACAAAAUCGUUUGCUUAUUCAGCCAUCUUUUCACCGCUGGAUGAAAACAUAAUACUUUACGUCGGAAAAGGAAUCCCACUUUCAUCAUACGAUUACACUAAACAACACGACAAAGUGCCUAAAGCAUCAUCAAAAAAGUAUCCUAAAAUCAAAUUUGCUACACUUGAAGAUAGCAAACCGAUAGAGACAAUGCCAGGAAAGAAGAGAGGACGAGGAAGUAAGCAGCCCGCUGCUGUGUCUGUGAAUGAGGCCGUCGAUCAACUGACGGAUGAGGUGAAAAAGGUCACACUAAAGGAAGGCGCUGCUGUUAAGCCAAUGCCAACACCAACCCUAGCGACAACAUUGCCCCUUACGUAUCGCGAAACGAACAAAGUAAAAGAUGUAUUAGAAUGUAUCGUUAAAUUGCUACAUACACCAGACCCGGAACCGGAACCAACUAAAUUAGAUGAAGACGAAAAUGGCAGUGAUAACGAAUCGCUAGAUGAAGAGUUUAACCGGUUGAUAAAACCGAAAGCGAUCGAACAAAAGCAGCCAGUAGUUGAACCACCGGUUAAUGAUAGUGAAAUGAACGCGCCCGUCGAAAAAAUGUUCUACAACGAAAGGCUUUUCUCGACCGAACAAAACCUGAAACAACUUAUAGAGGAGGAGGCAAAAAUGCACACCAUCACGGACGUCUCAUCGAUCGGGAUGGUAAUGUUACCCCAACUACUGCAUAAACUGAAGGAUAUAAUUUUAGGAUGUAUUACUAAAAAGAAACUGACUCCUCAAAUGUUGGCAUUAGCGCCCUACGUUUCGCACAUGUUUUGGCGUCAAUGCUGUCAAGCUUAUGCGUAUCAAUUGAUCGAAGGUCAGCAACCUUUAGCAGCUGUACCCUAUUUUCUAGCCAGCCAUAAGGUUGAUUCAUCCAUCGAAGAGCUUUGCGAUGCCAAGUAUUUCCGCGAAGCAUGGGUGAUCUGCAGGUUGCAGAAAAUGCCCGAUGAUCCUAUUCUGGAGCAGGUGGCUAGCAAAUGGGCACAUCAUUUGGACGUCAUUGGAAAUUACGAAGCGGCAGCAUUAGUAUGGACUGGAGUGAAAAAGUACAAUGAAGCGAUCGAAGUACUGACAAAGCGUCGAGAUAUUAACGAGGACAUCCAACGCACUAUCGAUGAGCUGAAUGCAAAACUACAAGAGGCGCCCAAGGCUGAGGCAAAAUGAUUUAACUCAUUCAU